UAAAUAAAAUGUUAAAAACACCAACGACCUCUUUAGGUAAACAUGUAUGCACAGUAACAUUUAUCCCAGAUGACCUACUAAUGUUCAAACGUUCAACCAACAUCAUGGUAAGAUUUAAAAGAUUUUUAACCCGCUCAAGAAUGGCCUCGCAAACACACCCAAGAGGAAAAUCGAUUUUAGACAGCUAUUAUUGUUACGUUUUGGAGCACAGAAAACAAUUAUUACACAUUUGCGUCAUACAUCCUUUCAGUAACUUUUAUUUAAUUUGGCAAGGAAUUAUGACAGUCGUAUUUUACGCCCAAUUCUUAAUAAUCCCAUUAGAAGUAUCCUUAUUCGAAUAUCAUUAUCAACAAAGUGAAACGCAGAAACGUAUGGAUUUUACGAUUCGGUUCGUUUUGGAUAUGACUUGUCUUAUGGAUGUUAUUUUACGGUUUCGUGUUGGUUAUAUUGAUCAAAAUAAACAAGAAGUUGUUUUAGUACCAAAAAGAAUUGCUUUAAAAUACGCUUGUGGAUUAUUUAUUUUUGAUUUAAUCUCAUCAUUUACCUUCGUACCACAUUUAAUAUCAAUUCAUGAUAAAUUACGUCAACGCAUAAAAUAUCUUGGAUUAUUUAAAUUAUUUCGCGUCUUUACAUUUGCAACGUAUUGUAAAUACAUUGGCCAAUUUUUCAAAGUAUCCUUUAUGACACACGGGCUCUUCAUGUUAAUCAGCGUCUAUUUACUUUUCGUGCACGUUGUAACCUGUUUAAACAUCUACGUGAAUACGAUCAACGAAAACAAAGAACACGAACUUUACUAUUGGCGUUUAGAGGAAGUGUACGAUGAUUAUAUCACGAAUUACGGAAGAAGUGUUUAUGCGACGUUGAAAAUGAUUAAUUAUUUAGAUUAUGGUUUUCAUGAUUUGAACAAUUUUAAUCGGACUUAUAUGAUUAUCGUUUGGAUUAUUUGUAAAAUUGUUUAUGUUUGGUUGAUUUCUUACAUUAUGAAGUUUGUGAUUAAUCGAAAAACUUCAAGUGUUAUGUACAUGCAGUUAUUAAGGGAAUUAAAAGAGUAUAUGAGACAUAAACAACUUCCCGCUCGAUUACAAAACCGUUUGAUGUCUUAUUACGAAUUUCAUUUCCAAAAAUGUUAUUUCCGCGAAAGUGAUGUUCUACCGUCGAUGACCAAAUCUUUACGCGAUGAAAUUAAUCGUCAUAAAUGUAUGAAACUCGUUGAGAAUGUAGUACUCUUUCGCGGAAUGCCUUCCGGGUUAUUAAUCGAGAUCGCAUCAUGUUUGCGUCCCCAAGUUUAUAUGAUAAAUGAUGUUAUAUUUAAAUACGGUUCUAAAGGAGAUUGUAUGUAUAUUAUUGCAACUGGUUGCGUUGCUGUUUAUGGUCAAAAGGGUAACGAAGUUUGUCAUUUAAAAGAUGGACAAUUUUUUGGUGAAGUUGGAUUAAUGGCGCGGGGAAUUAGAUAUGCAUCGAUUGUUGCCGUUGAAGUGACGGAAUUGUAUGAAUUAUAUCAUAAAGAUUUUAGAACAGCUUUAGAACCUUAUCCGGCAAUUUACGAUCAAAUGGUUAAUAUGGCUGAAGAAAGGAAAGAAGCGAUGAAGAUUAUACAAAUGAAAAAUCUUAUUAAAAAAGUUUAAAAAAAUUAAUUUCUCUUUAUUGUAUGAAGAUUUUUUAUUAUUGAUCUGAUACGCAGAGGAAAAAAAUGUGGCAUUGUUCCUCGGAAACGUUUCGUUCUUUUAAGUCGAGGUCCAACCUCCAAAGAGGAUGUUACGCAAGAACAUAAACAAUAGUCCAAACAAUAGUAAGAUAAUUUUCCGACAAAUGAGCAAGGUUUAG